AUGGAAAGCAAUGAAAUUAUAAUUGAUAAAAUUAAUAUUCUCUUUUGGAAAGUAUGGAGAAAUAAAUAUGCAAUUUCAAAUAUUUUGAAAUUUUGUAGUACUGAUGGUAAAAGUAAAAGAGAAUUUACAUAUAAAAAUAGUGAAAUUUUUAAUGUUUGUUGGUUAAUUGAAAAUAAUCAUUUAGGAUUAUUAUUUAAUAAAGUUAGAAAUGGAGAACCAUUAACAUUUGGACCAUCAACAUCAACAUCAACAACAUUAUCAACAUCAUCAACUAAAAAUAAUAAUGAAAAUAAUAAUGAAAAUUAUUAUGAAGAUUUACCUUAUUUUUAUUUUAAAUUUCCAAAUUUUCAAAAUUCAUGGGUUUCAAAAAGUACAGAAUUUUAUUCAAACCUUUUUAAAAAUUAUUCAAAUUAUUUUACAUUUAAUAAAAAAUGUAAAGAUACAACUGCAUUAAUUUUCGUAAAAUUGGAUAUAGUAAUUGGCUUAGAAGUUUUAGUUAAAGAAUAUUUUGAUUGUAAUAAUAAUAAUGAUAUAAUUCAAAAAUAUAAUGAAUUAUUACCAAAAUCUAUUUACAGUGGUUCAUUAAAUGUCGCAAACUUUUUAUAUAAUCAAAUUAAUGGAUUUGGUAAAUUAGUUAGAGUUAGUAGUAGAAGUAGUAUAAUGUUAUCAAAACCAUUAAUUAAUGGUUUGGGUAAUAGUUUAAAUAAUCUUAGUAAUGUAAUGAAAUCAUCAUCAUUAAAGCCAUUGAAUCCAAAUAAAGUUUGGAAAAGGGUUAUGGAAUUAUUUAAACAACAACAAAAAACAACAACAACAUCAUCAACAAUACCAUUUGAUAUGGUUGAUUUUGUUUAA